GUGUGUCCAAACUUUUGGUCUGUACUGUACAUGAUAUCACUGCGAUAGUUAGGAGCGGCAGAAUUUAUUUUGGGUUGUUCUUUGGUGGAAGGUUAUGUUCGUAGUAACAAAUAUACAGCUAAAGUAAAAAAAAAAAAAAGAUUUUUGUACUAUUUUGAGACAGUUUUCCUUUAAUAAUAAAAAAAAAGCAGGAGAUAUCCAUUACCAUUUAUCUCCAACUGAAAGCCCAAUUUGUCCUGAAAAAAAUCACGGUGUAAGCCAACUGAAUGCAUAAAGUAGUAGUAGUAGAUGAUAUGUACAAUUUUACUAACACAUGUGAAAGUUGCAAAAUUUUGCUUAGGCAUUAACAUUUGUUAUACUCUUAGGCACGAAGGGGUUAAAGUUCACGUAAAACUACAUCUUCAUCCUAAGGCUGCUUUGUCUACAGGUGACAGCGCUACUUUGCGAUUUUAUUUGCAGAACGAACAGCUGUCACCCUGUUACAGGAAGAGGAAAAUAAUCGAUCUACUGGAAGAAUUAACAGAUAAUAAAACUAUGUUAUGGGGAACAAAAACUGCUAUGUUAAUACUAGUGACAGAAGGCUCCAUAUAAAGUAUGCUAUUUUUUAUUUUACACUGAGUUCCACUUUAAUUUCCAAAGUUGUGUAAGAUUGUUUUCUCAAAUGGAGUAGGUGCGGACCUUCAUUAGAAUUAAUACAUAAUACAUACGAUUUAUUCCAUGGUAUCACUUGAGAUUGUUAUAAUUGCAAUAAACAUUUGAAACUGAAACUACCUUGUGACUGUUUAUUCUGAGUCUCGGGACAUCGGGGUAAAGUACACUCCAAAGUCACAAAGUUUCAGCUCGGCAGACAUGACUAUUUUCGGAAUAAUUCUUCUCCUCUCUCUACACCAGACUUUUUCUCAACUGGAGGUGACAGCCCCUGCUUCUCAAACAGCUAUAGUAUUCCAGUCUUUUAUUUUACCAUGUACCUUCCAUAUGGAUACUUCUUCUGUGAACCAGCAAUACCCAUCAAUAAUCUGGUACUUUGGAGGAAAAGAGCUGCUGAAAAUAGACGAAAAGGAGAAAGCGAUCAGAAAGGGUCUGUCUUUCGAUGAGCAAGCGGCCAUAAAGGGUGACGCAUCGCUGACCAUUCACAACGUGACCAUUGCCAACCAAGGGACUUACAAAUGUUUAGUCAUCCACAGUCCAUACCAACAGUACAGGGAGAUCCAGCUGAUUGUUUAUGCCAGACCUCUACUCUCCAUCCUCAGCAAGAGCAUCCGGAGAAAUAAAGAGAAUGCCCUGACCUGUAUGGCCUUUGGAUUCUUCCCUCCGGAUAUCAGGAUAACGUGGUACAGAGAUGGAGAAGUCCUGGAGAAUCAGUAUAUGGGAAAACUAAAUAACUAUAAAGAUAGAACUUACCAAGUGAAGAGCUUUACGACAAUCCCACCAAGUGACGAUGAUCAGAAUAAAACGUAUACAUGCAGAAUUCAACAUGUUUCGCUACCAGAAGCUAUACAAGAGGACUUCCAGGUUGUCUAUGAAGAAACAUCAUCUACUGAGCCCAUUGUUGUUGGUGUUGUCCUCAUGGUUUUGAUAGCAACUGCGAUUGGUAUCUUUUUCUGGAAACAAACUUACAGGAGAGCAGCUACUUUUACUUUAAUGGAGAUCGAUGGACCUUCCAAACUGGUUGCUGGAGAAGAAACGUCUCUAUACUGUAGAGCCACCAAAUGCCCAGAGAACACGAGUGUGACUUGGCUGGAGAAGAGAAGAGGAAAAGUCUCUGAGAUCCCAGAGUCCCAUGAAGGAGAUAAUGAAGAAGAGGAGAGACUGAUGGGCACACAGUAUGGGGUCAUAUCAUGCAGAGACGGACCAAACCUCACAUCUUCACUGACGUUCAGACCCAGUGUGACCAAUCACAAAGAUGUGACCUUCAUCUGUAGAUAUAGCUGUGGGAAAGAGAAGAAAGAGAAAACAUUCCACUGCAGAGAUAUUUAUGCAAAGCUUCAGAUGUUACAGCCGAUAUCAAGAAGUCUAACUGGCUCUGGGGAGUUGAAGUAUUCAAUCGCUCUGGAGAAAUUUUAUCCUAGAGACAUCACGCUUAGAUGGACACAUGGAGUGGGGGCGCCGCAACAAGCCUUAUCAUCCACAGAGACAUUCACAGAUAAUCCUGAUGGGACCUAUAAUGUCUGCAGUGAGGUCACAAUGCCAGAGGAGCUCCUGAAGGAUCCAGAAUUCAGAGUACGGAUGAGCUGGGAACACGAAUCUCUGGACACACCGGGAUAUAAGGAUCUAUCUAUCAGAGACUCAGAAUACCCAUGGACCCCAGUGGUGGAAGAGAUACAGACACCCAACGUAUUCCAUGACACCCCGGUCACCCUGCAGUGUCAUAUCUCUGAUUAUUUCCCUAACGCGGUCACAGUGACCUGGCUGAGAAGAUGCCAGGGUGAGGAGUUAUGUGAGGAGACGGAUAAUAUGGUUACCAGUACAAUAACCCCCAGGAGAGAGGCUGACAACACAUACAGCUGUACAGCCAGUCUGACCAUCAUCCCCACACUGAGUGUCCACCAGGGGGCAGAAUACAUCUGUAGGGUGGAUCACCCCUCUCUGGAGAGACCCAUUAUGAAAAAAACUGGAAAACUUGUUGUAAAGUGAGUUUUUAUACUGUAUCAUGUCCACAAAUAAUGCUUUACAGUCAUUGCCUGCACUCAAGGAGUUUACAAUCUAAGGUCCCAUCUCACAUGCUAGCAGGGCUGCUGAUAGGGGGGGACCACCAGUCCUUUUGUAGAGGGCCCGGGCUCACAGGGGGCCCUAAACAACAGAGAAAAUCAGUGCGGUCGGAUGGAGGGGCAAUUACAAGAUGCCCUGUGUGACUCUCUGCAGCAGCUGGAAACCAGUUUUCCCACUGACUUUCAGCUGCUACAGGGAGAGACACAGCUGACGGCUUCCCUGUCCCAUAAAAAAAAAAAAAAAAUAACAAAUUGUAACCCUGUAUUGCUUUAA